AUGGCAGCUUUCGGUUUCCCCAGUGAUACCCUUGGACCAUCUGCACAUGAGAUCGCUCCAGUUGUGGCUAAAAGCCAAGGGAUUUUAUCCAAGGGCCAAAGGUCCGUGUUGUCCCCACAGAUUGCUAAUGACAGACGCCCCUCCAACGGGCUGGGGUCCGCACACCACCGCACUAGCCAGUGGCGUAAAUCAGAGCAGGUUUUCACAUGUCAUGGGGCCGCAGGCGAAGGGCAGCCACCACUAGAUGAGUCAGAGGACGCAUGCUGUACACACCUCAGACUAAAAAUGUUCACACUGAUGUGGAUUACAGCUGUGCUUUGUGCUGAAAUUGGAGAUUCUAUAAAGGUAAUUGAUGUAAAUCAACCAAACCCGGUGAUCACUGCUGCUGUUGGUGAAAAUGUGACUCUAGAAUGCUUUCGACUAGGAGAGGACAACACCGAUGCCAUGUUCUGGUACAAGCAAAAAGUAGGACACAGGCCUCGUGUAAUGGUCACGGUUCAACAGGAAUCACAUUACGAAGAUGAGUUCAAGUCACCAAGAUUCAGCAUCGAGAAAGAAAAAUCGAGCUGCCAUUUAAAAAUCUCUAAUGUGGAGCCAUCAGAUGAAGCCAUGUAUUACUGUGGAUUUAGACAGUUUUUUACAAAGUUUGGAAAUGGAACAUUUUUAGCAGUGACGGGUGAUAAAGAUGUAAAAGUGUCAGUAUCACAGAGCGGCAGGUUGGACCCGGUUCCUGCAGGAGCGUCAGUGACUCUGCAGUGCUCGGUUCUCUCUGAGAGCAGAGCAGCAGAACUCCAAGUGCUCUGGUUCAGAGCUGCUCCACCACAAUCCCAUCCUCAAAUCAUUUACACUCAUCACAACAGCAGCCAUCAGUGUGAGAGCGGCUCUUUUACACACACCUGUGUGUACAACUUCUCCAAGAACAUCCUCAGCCUCAGUGAUACUGGGACUUACUACUGCGCUGUGGCCGCGUGUGGGAAGAUCAUUUUGGGGAACGGGACACGAGUACAACUUGGUGAGAACUCGAAGACUUGA